GAUAAGCAUAAUGCUCAUCCAUGUUGUAGCUUGAGUCUUUUUCCUUUUUUUUUUUUAAGAUUUAUUUGAAAGUCAGAGAGACAGAGAUUUUCCUUCCACUGGUUGCCUUCCACAAGUGGACUUAAUUGCCAGGGCUGAGCCAGGCUGACACUAGGAACCAGGAGCUUCAUCCAGGUCUCCCAAAUGAGUAGCAGGGGCCCAAGCAUCUGGGCCAUCUUCACUGCUUUUCUCAGGCCAUUAGCAGGGAGCUGGAUCAGAAGAGGAGCAGCCAGAACUUGAACUGGUGCCCAUAGGAUGCUGGUGUUAUAUCUGACAGCUUUACCCACUUCACUACAAUGCUGGCGCCCUAGAUUUCUUCAAUAGUUUAUUCACUUUCAGCCAGGAGCUUCUUCCAGGUCUCCCAUGUGGGUGCAGGGGCCCAAAGACUUGUGCCAUCUUAUACUGCUUUCCCAGGCCAUAGCAGAGAGCUGGAUUGGAAGUGGAGCAGCCGAGACUCGAACCGGUGCCCAUAUGGGAUGCCAGCAUUGAGGCGGCAGCUUUACCUGCUACACCAUAGCACCGGCUCCCACCAUUUUAUUUCUUACUAGUAAUACAUGAGUGUUCCAGUUUAUUUACAUCUUCAACAUUUGUUGUCUGUAUUUUUUUUUUAAGAUUUAUUUAUUUAUUUGAAAGAGUUACAGAGAGGGAGAGACAGAGAAAGAGAGAGAUCGAUCUCCCAUCCACCAAUUCACUCUCCAAGUGGCUACAAUGGCCAAAGCUGUGCCAGACUGUUGCCAGGAGCCAGGAACCGCUUCCUGAUCUCCCCUGUGGGUGCAGGGGCCCAAGCAUCCGGGCCAUCCUUUGCUGCUUUUCCAGGUGCAUUAACAGGGAGCUAGUUCAGAAGUAGAGCAGCCAGGAAACGAACCAGUAUAUAUAUGGAAUUCAGGUGCCACAGGCAGCAGCUUACUGUGCUGUACCACAAUUCCAGCCCCUUCUGUUUUUUGGUGUGUGUUUGUUUUUGCUAUUGUAUGGGCAAACUUUUUUUUUUUCACCCCUUCAAGAUUUAUUUAUUUAUUUGAAAGAGUUAGAGAGGGAGAGAAAGCUCUUCCAUCUGCUGUUCACUCCCCAAAUGGCCACAAUGGCUGGGGCUGGGCUGAGCUGAAGCCAGGAGCUUCAUCUGGUUAUCCUGUGUUGGUGGUGGGGACUCAAGUACCUGGGGCCAUCUUCUACUGCUUUCACAGAUGCAUUAGCAGAGAGCUGGAUUGGAAGUAGAGCGGCUGGGACAUGAACUGGUGCCUGUAUGGGAUGCCAGCAUUGCAGGUGGUGGUUUAACCCGCUGUGCUACAACAUUGGCCCCAGGUCCUUCUUAACUGUUAUGUGACAUGUACCUGUACCUUACCAUCGUGACUUGUGAUUUCUUGCCUUUGUGAUGAUUGUUGUUUGACUAGAUGCCUACUAUAAUUGGCUCACCGCCAUGUCCUCCCUAUUUUCUUUCAUCUUUGUGUUCCUGCUUUACCACUGAUGUUGCUUGAACUCCAGACAAGGCUUGAUGGCUGAUUCAGGAUACAGCCUGCCUGUCUUUCUAAAUAAGAACAAUAGAAAACAGGGAUUUUGGUAGCUUUCAGUAGGAUUAGGCUAUUCUACUUUUUAGUUGCUUUCAUUUGUUCUGAUAAAAAAGAUAUAAACUAAAAGUGAGAGACCUGUGAGUUCAUUUAUAAUUAUCAUUUGUGAAGAGGGGGAAAACAUGCUAUUGAAAUCUCCUUUCCUCUUUUUAGGAAGUGGUUUAAAAUGUAUGUUAAGGGCCAAACAAUUCUAUGGUGUUAGGUGGAAGUUAGGAUUGGGAAUACAACUCUUGGUGGGUCAUAGUUAUGGGAAGAGGAUUUCAGAGUGCUGGUUAAUGUUUCUUGAUCUGAGUGCUAGUGACAUAAAUGUGUUCAUGUUGUGAGACUUCCUCAACCUAUAAACUUAGAAUGUAUGCAUGUGCGUUAUACUUAAUAAAAAAGUUCAACAUAUGUUAACUGGUUUUUUUUAGAUAUUCAUGGUUUACGCUAGUAAAGCUCUUCAUUGGGACUGACUCGGUGGCAGAACAGGUUAAAGCUACCAUCUGCAGCGCCAGCAUCCCAUACGUGCGCCAGUUCAGAGUCUCAAUUGCCCCACUUCAAAUCCAGCUCCUUGCUAACACGCCUGGGAAAGCAGCCGAGGAUGACCUGGUGCUUGUGCCCUUGCACUCAUGUGGGAGACCCAGAUAAAACUGGCUCCUGGCUUCAGCCUGGCCCAUCCCUGAUCAUUGCAGCCAUUUUGGAAUUGAACUAGCCUUCCUCAGAGUUUCUCAUGUCUCAAUGGACUCAUGAAUAUAACGAGCUCUAUACUUUAAAAGUGGAUAUGAAGAGUGAGAUUCCAUCUGAUGCACCAAAGACACAAGAGAGUCUGAAAGGGAUCCUUUUGCAUCCAGAGCCCAUUGGGGCAGCCAAAAGUUUUCCUGCAGGAGUUGAAAUGAUAAAUAAUAAAGUGGGGAAUGAAUUCUCUCACUUGUGUGAUGAUACUCAAAAACAAGAGAAGGAUAUGAAUAGUAACCAACAAGAACAAGAAAAACGUGCUGUAAGGAAAAAACGCAAAAGCCAGCAGGCUGGUCCUUCUUACAUGCAGGAUUGUGUUAAGGAGAACCAGGGAGUAUUAGGAUUGCGGCAACACCUAGAGCCACCAAGUGAUGAAGAUAAUGAUUCCUCCUUUAGUGAUUGCCUUUCUUCUCCUUCAUCUAGUCUGCAUUUUGGAGAUUCUGAUACUGUGACGUCCGAUGAGGACAAAGAAGUUUCUGUAAGGCAUUCCCAAACCAUUUUGAAUGCUAAAAGCAGAAGUCAUAGUGCACGGUCCCAGAAGUGGCCUCGGACUGAGACAGAAUCUGUAUCAGGAUUAUUAAUGAAAAGACCUUGUUUUCAUAGCAAUUCAUUAAGGAGACUCCCAUGCAGAAAAAGAUUUGUAAAAAAUAAUUCCUCACAGAGGACACAGAAGCAAAAAGAGAGGAUAUUAAUGCAGAGGAAGAAACGGGAAGUGUUAGCCCGAAGAAAAUAUGCCUUGCUUCCAAGUUCCAGUAGUUCCAGCGAGAAUGACCUCAGCAGUGAAUCCUCUUCCAGUUCAUCAACUGAAGGAGAAGAAGAUUUGUUUGUUUCUGCCAGUGAAAACCACCAAAACAAUCCAGCUGCUCCCUCAGGAAGUAUUGAUGAAGAUGUUGUGGUUAUAGAAACUUCCUUCACUCCCCAGGUCACUGCCAAUGAAGAAAUUAAUGUUACCUCAACUGACAGUGAAGUAGAGAUUGUAACAGUUGGAGAAAGUUAUCGGUCUCGUUCAACCCUUGGGCACUCCAGAUCUCACUGGAGCCAGGGGUCAAGUUCUCACACAAAUCGGCCACAGGAGCCACGGAACCGCAGUAGAAUUUCUACUGUUAUACAGCCCUUGAGGCAAAAUGCAGCAGAAGUUGUGGACCUUACUGUUGAUGAAGAUGAACCUACUGUAGUACCAACCACUUCUGCAAGAAUGGAAUCACAAACUACUAGCGCUUCCAUUAACAAUUCAAAUCCAUCUACCUCUGAGCAGUCUUCUGAUGCUGCUCCAGCUGUCACCAGUAGCCAGCCUUCCACAGUGUCAGAGACUUUAGCUACCCUUACAAGCAAUAGUACAACUGGUACUUCUAUAGGAGAUGACUCAAGGAGAACUGCUUCUAGUUCUGUAACGGAAACUGGCCCUCCUGCUAUGCCGAGAUUACCUUCCUGCUGUCCUCAACACUCACCAUGUGGAGGAUCAUCACAGAAUCACCAUGCAUUAGGACAUCCACACACAAGUUGCUUUCAGCAGCAUGGUCAUCAUUUUCAACAUCACCACCACCACCAUCAUACUCCCCACCCAGCUGUUCCAGUUUCUCCUUCUUUUGCUGAUCCUACUUGCCCUGUGGAAAGACCUCCACAAGUACAAGCACCUUGUGGAACAAAUAGUAGCUCUGGUACCAGCUACCAUGACCAGCAGGCUUUGCCAGUAGACCUGAGCAACAGCGCUAUCAGAAGCCACGGGAGUGGUGGUUUUCACGGAGCAUCUGCGUUUGACCCCUGUUGCCCUGUCUCUACAACCCGAGCUGCAAUCUUUGGCCAUCAGGCUGCUGCCGCUGCCCCUAGUCAGCCAUUAUCAAUAGAUGGUUAUGGAUCAAGCAUGGUUGCACAGCCACAGCCACAGCCUCCUCCACAACCUUCUCUCUCAUCAUGUCGACAUUAUAUGCCGCCUCCUUAUGCUGCUUUGACAAGACCACUUCACCAUCAAGCUUCUGCCUGCCCACACUCUCAUGGAAACCCACCACCUCAGACUCAGCCUCCACCUCAAGUGGAUUAUGUUAUUCCUCAUCCUGUACAUGCUUUCCAUUCUCAGAUAUCUUCUCAUGCAGCAUCACACCCUGUGGCACCCCCUCCUCCAACUCAUUUAGCCAGCACAGCUGCACCAAUCCCUCAGCAUCUUCCUCCUACACACCAGCCAAUUUCCCACCAUAUUCCAGCCACAGCACCUCCAGCCCAGAGACUGCAUCCCCAUGAAGUGAUGCAGAGGAUGGAAGUUCAGAGGAGGAGGAUGAUGCAGCAUCCAACUGGUCUUUUUGUGUUCUGUGUUUCCAGGCGGGCACAUGAACGCCCCCCACCCCAUCCACAUAGAAUGCACCCAAACUAUGGUCAUGGGCAUCAUAUUCAUGUGCCUCAGACUAUGUCCUCACAUCCUCGACAGGCUCCAGAGAGAUCUGCCUGGGAACUGGGAAUUGAAGCUGGAGUGACUGCAGCUACCUAUACACCUGGUGCAUUGCAUCCUCACUUGGCCCAUUACCACGCACCUCCUCGACUUCAUCACUUACAAUUAGGAGCACUUCCUUUAAUGGUUCCUGACAUGGCAGGCUAUCCUCAUAUCCGUUACAUUUCAUCAGGAUUGGAUGGAACAUCAUUCAGAGGUCCUUUCAGGGGCAAUUUUGAGGAACUGAUUCAUUUGGAAGAAAGAUUAGGAAAUGUCAAUCGUGGAGCAUCCCAGGGGACAAUUGAAAGAUGUACAUAUCCCCAUAAAUAUAAAAAGGUAACAACUGAUUGGUUCUCACAGAGGAAACUGCACUGCAAACAAGAUGGGGAAGAAGGGACUGAGGAAGACACCGAGGAAAAAUGUACUAUCUGUUUGUCUAUUUUAGAGGAAGGUGAAGAUGUGAGACGCCUUCCAUGUAUGCACCUUUUCCACCAAGUGUGUGUUGACCAAUGGCUGAUUACCAAUAAGAAGUGCCCCAUAUGCAGAGUGGACAUUGAGGCCCAGCUGCCAAGUGAAAGUUGACACCAUGUUUCGGGACUCUUGCCCUCCCUCGCGUUCCCAUCCUUCCUGGUACUGCAGUCAACCAAAGAUGGCAUGACUUACCUGCGCAGAUAUGAAAGCAUUGAACUUAGAGUGCUGGCUCUGCUAUAUGGUACAACUAAUGCUAGCCCUACAAUUUAUGUAUACAGUUGAUUUUGAUGUAUUUAUAAAGCUUUUUUUUUUUCUAGAUUUGACAUUUUUCCCGUAUCAUUUUACUGUAUUUUUGCAUGGUUCCUUGUAUUGCAUUUCUUUGCACAUAUUAUGGGCUUGUGACCCUAAACUUGCAGGCAAGAUUAGCUGCUUUAGUAAGUAGAGUUUUGUGGUCUUUGUUUUUUACAUAGUACCAAGCCUUGAGAAUUAUGAAAUUUUUUUAUCCAUUACUAACCUUUAAUUUAAUCAAUCAUGUACUUUAGUUUAAUGUAUAAAGAUCCUCUAGAAAAUGAUAAUAUUGUGUAUUAAGACAUUCCUUAAUUAGGACAAAAUGGCUGCUGUAUAUUUACAAUAUGGAGUUCUGGGUUAAAUACCAUCCUUAAUACUGGGAACAGACUACAACCCAUAUUCAAUCAGAUGCAGGUGGUAUCCAUAUCACCAGAGUGAUCAAUAGAAAUUUUCUUGGUGUAUCCUUUUCCUCUCAGCACAGUGCAGAUAGAGUUGAAUAUUGAUAUCAUACAUUUAGACUGCUGUUCUGAUUGUAUUUAUCUUUUUCCUACAUCAUUUAGAACUUUCUUUCCCUGAUUGAAUUUUUGCUGCUGUGAAACAGCUCUGAUGAACACUAAAUAUUAAAUUCAGUUACCUGGAUUGUACAUACUUGCAGAUUUAACAAAUUUUAGGGAAAUUGAAAAAGACAUGUAGAGUUUUGUUCAGUCUUCUGCCAAGCAUGAAUAGUGAAGAUAUCUGCUUACGUUGAUUUUGUAAACACAUUUAGUCAAGGUUUAGAAUUUCAGUCAUUAGCAGGUAUCUAUGCAUUCAUAGAACUUCUAAAGGUCCCAGGAUCACUUUUAAGGGAUUUUUAUUAGUCUCAAGAUAAAUAAAGUCAGCUGAAUCUACAUGUCUCUUGUUUUAUUUCUCUCUAAACUUGAAAACAAUAAAUCUGCAGAAACUGUGAGGCACAAAUUAUACUGUCAACCUACUGUUGCUAUGGUUAUAUACUCCCACUUCAUACAUUACCAAGAGUCGAUCACUGAUUUAAAAUUUUUAAUUUCUAUAGUUAAGAUUUACUGCAUAAUAUAGAAUAUAAAGUUAAGUUAACAUACUAACAUUUCUCCUUUGGAGGAAGUUUUAAUCCACUUAAGGAUACAUAUUAUCAAGAUACUUUCAUAUACAGGAUAGUCUAAUUUUAUUUGUUUAAAUAUGCUUAAUAUGCCCCAGAUUGCAAAUGCAUCCAGUCAGUACUAUCACUGUCUGUAUGUGGAAGACAUGUUCCCAUGGAUCAUAUGUGAAGAUGUCAAUAAGCUUGCAUUAAGCCACCUGCUUUGUAAGUGGAUUGAUUAAUAAAUAACUUAUAUUUCUAUUGUCUUUGUGUUUCAUAAUUAGUUUUUAUAAAACAAUUUAUAUUAACUUGAAAUUCAUAGAAAGUGAUCUCAUUUAAAUUGACAUUUGCAUAAUUUGGUGUUUGUAUUCGUUAAAUUAUGGCUACUUUUUUACAUUAGUAAAUGUUACACUGUAGUAAUUGUCAAUAUCAACAUGCUUCAACAUAGUAUGUGCGCAAAUGGAGGAUGGAUUAUGGUUAAAAAUUUUGGUUAUGAAAUAACUUUUUAAAGUAUACUUGAUAAUUAAGCUGCUGUUGCAGAAGGUUGGGAGAUUAAGGGAGAAAGUGACUCAUGUCUGCCAUCUUACUGGGCAAAAGAACAAGUUGCCCAUCUCCCUUCAUUAGACUAUGAUGGAUGUAAGACUUUGCCACUGGAAAACCCUGGCUCUGGGCCAAAGGAUUGAAGAAGGAUAAGCAAGCUGGAGAAAAUUCCAUACCAUGGAGUCCUCUGGAUAUUCUCCCAAACACAGGAACAGCACAGAUAGAUUUUUCUAUUUUUUAAUAUUACUUCAGAUUUAGAUGCACGACUACCUGUUGAUCUGCCUUAUAAUUACUACUGAUUUUUUUUUAAUGUAGGUAAAGCAUUGUUACUUUAAAAUUAAUGUAAGUAUUUGUGGCACAAAGCUGAAUUGUUAAUGCAGGAGCUUACCGGUAAGCUAUAGAAAAUGGUGAUAGAAAAUGGUGAUUAGAAAUGAACCAAGUAAGGAAGAAAAUGAUUUUGAACUUUUAAGUUUUUGUGUUUGUUUUGCUGUCUUCCAUCUGCUACUGCAUCUUAUGUCAUAGUGAACAUUUCAGUGACAGUUGUCCAAAUACUUCAAAACUAAAAUUAUUUUGUCAGCAAAUUCUUAUUUUUAUUGUUGUUAAUAUCCAAGUGAUAAACUGAUAUUUGAAACUC